AUGUCGCCCGGCGCCGGGACAUUUGGAAGCCCUGAGACUCAAAUCUUGCCUAGAAAUAAUGAUGAUUCUACAGGCUCGCGUAUUCCUCGCAUCGCGGCCCCAAAGCAAGCAGCACACUCAUCUGCUGCCAAGGGGCUUAGAUCUGGUAGCUUUAUACCAGUUGCCGUCCCCAGACGUAGCACCGAACAGCUAGGUGUUUGUACUCGAGAAGCACCAUACGAGCCAUCUCCAAAAGGAAUUCGACUGCUUGAAAAGCCUCGUGGCCCCCGUCCUUGCCCAACGGACCAGGAAUCCUCUCUCAUGUCCGAAUCGGCCUCAAGGACGGACCUCAAGGACGCUGAAACAUCUUCAUCGGUGUCGGUGUCUUCUUCUGAUACCUGGGAUUUUAAGGAUAUCAAUGACACAGAAAGACCACCUGUUGCCUUUACAGGAGAAUAUCGCACGCGUGCCCAAGGACCUCGCGGCAAUCAAACUCGUGGCCCUACCCUAAAAAUUACUUCAUCUGCUGAGAAAGUAAUCAUGGGGUCGAGCUCCUCUAUCGCUCAAAAGACCAGCCCUUCGUUCUUCCAACGCUUGGGCAAUCUCACUCCAAACACCCCGAAAAAUUCCAAAAAUCCAAGAGAUGCUACUCCUGGAUCGAGGGGAACACAGGGCUCGAAAAUCAGUCUUGAUAGCGGCAAAGAGAGUACUCCAGCCUCCCGCAAUUUCUGCCGUCCACAGAUCUCCAUGGAAAGUAUCUCAAAAAGGGACAUCAGUGGUAAAGAGUUGUCUAUUUCACGUAAUCCGUUAAACAAAUCUAGCUUGAGCAGCAUUUUCUCACCAAGCUCAAAAAGCCUCCACUCUGAUGAAGAGCCUAUGGUUCCGAAAAUCCCAGAUCAAUAUAUUUCGUGUCAGGAGUCAAGCGUACGCAAGGUUUCUAACAAGAGCGUUGAGCUACAGACUCCAGGAAAGGCAACGCCUGAGACCAAGAGCACACCAUCAAACCUUGAACUAAAAGCCACCCCAGAGACUGUGAUCAAGGCUGGAACCGUUUGUUCUCAUCCACCUAGGUCUUCUUCACUCAAGGCCUUAUCCGAUUUUCCUGAUGUUUCUGGCUCGGAGCAGAAUCCCGCAGGCACGGCCAGUAAGAGCUCCAAGGUGGCCACGAACCUAAGACGUAAUGUUACUUUCAAUAACAUUACACCCUUGGCUUCGAGCGAAGGUCAGUUUAAUCAGAAUCUGGACAAGCGCAGACUUCCAGAUUCGAAAAGCAACCACCUAUUGGGAAGUUUCCGUAACAUUUUCAAAUCCCGAGGCGGUGCAGAAGCACCAGCCAUUGUGAACGAAAACAAAGCCCCUGGCAGCGUGAAAGGUACAGCGAAGGAAAAUCUGAACUCUAACGACUCCGAAAAAACCGCUAAACCACCAAGGACAAAGUACGCCACCAGGCUCUCUAGUGGAGUUGGUUGGAAUAGAAGCGGCCGCAACAACAGAACUAGGGCUGAAUCACCAAGUACCCCAACCCCGUCAAUUCCCCGCCUUUUAGCGCCCCAGAAUCGCGGCCCGGACAGUAAUAUACCAUCCUUUGCUCGACCUACGACAUCAACGCUUACCAAGGCCACGCCUGCCCCGAAAGCGGCUCUACCAGGCAGCGUGGAGGCCCAAACACGCAAGCCCCAUGUACGGACAGCCUCAACCGGGAGCCCUCACCGUUUGACGCGUGGACCCAAGCGUACUGCCUGUAAUAUGUUGACUCCGCCGGCUCAGAAGAUAACGGAGUCACCUAAGUGUGCCACUGGGGAAGCACCAUUGCUUCUAGAAGCCAAGACUUACUUCGAUUUGGAGAGGGUCCGCGAGUGCAUAGAGAAGCUGUGUAAGAAAGUUGGAGAAUUGUCCACCUCUCUAGAGAGGGAGACAGUUAUUCGCCAAGCCCUUACCCUUCAGCAACAACUCGCAGAUUACCAGAGCCUAGACAAGAUGACCAUCCAGGCGGAGAUACUUGCAAAGGAGAAGGACUUGGAGAAGAAGGUUGCUGAGGAUACUCUCAGAACCAGCCUAGCCGAAAUUCAGGCCCAACUUGAGCAGGACUAG